UUUAACAUACCAUUCGUUUACGAAAGAGCGAGCUUUCAUUUUUCAUUUACACGAAAGAGAGAAAAUGCUUAACAUAUUUUGCUUAAAUUCAUUCUCUUUGCUCUUUGACUUUUGUUUAUACAACAUUUUUGUUGCCCCUUGAUACAAACUUACGCAGCUAAAGAUAGAGAGAGAGAGAGAGAGAGAGAGAGACAGAAAGAGAAGACAGCGAAGAGAAGAUUAUAAAGAUGGUAGGAAGCAAACACGAAACUUGUGUUUGUAUUUAUCUCGAGGCGAAUUUCCGUAACAAUUGUGGGCGUUUCAGUUGGCCGAUCAAGAAAGCUUUUAAUUAGAUUUGAGGACUAAGCCUGUCCAUCUAUAGCUCGAAGCCCGCAGUUAACAUUUACACGUGCUACAUAGAGAUUCUUUCCUCGAUCCCAGUUACAAUUAAAUUGAACCUUUGUACACUAACUAACUAAGGCCGAGUAUGCCAGCAGACAAAUCGAUGUGAUUCGAGUGACUCGAAUUGAUCAAAUACUUUUUAUGGGAUUUCUUGCACGUACAUUACGCGCAUUACAAACGAAAAGACAAAUAUAGCUUACGUCGAGCUUCGACGAUGUCACAAAUAUAGAAGCGCAAUCAGCCUCUCUGCACUGUUGACCUCAAAAUACUGUUGUAAACAAUCGAUAAACAAAAAAAAGGCAACAGGUGUUUUUUUAAGCUUUCACUUUCAUAGUGAAAAGCUUAAAGAUAAAAAUAAAAAAAAUAACAAAAACAAUGAAAAAGAAAAAGAACAAGAACAAGUAAAAAGUUGAAACUUUUUCGUUAACGAUUUUGCGCUCAACUAUUUAUACUAAUUUGAAAUGAUAGCUUUAAGCUUUCAGGAAAAAUCCUUAUUUUCCUAUCAGUUGCUUUUAAUCAUUCAAACGUGAGAUUGUCUUACGCAUCUGCAGGACAAUAUUAAAAAAAAAUCAAACAAAAAAGAAAAAAUAUUAAAUUUUUAAAAAAAAAAGAAGAAAAUUUAAGCAUUUAGCAAAUCAACCAAUUAAGCCGUAAGGCAUUUCAAACGUAAGCAUUUCAAGAGGUAUUUGAGUAGAACGCUCUAUAGAGCAGAGAAUGGCUUGCCCUUAUUUUCGUCGGGCUGAUUCAUUGCCACGUCAAUCUUCAGUUGUAACAGAGAGCAGUGGUAACUGGUCCUUGGAGGAUGAAGAACAAACAGACGACGCAUUGACCUUGAGGCACUUGCAAAUGGCCAUACAAUUGUUAACGGCCCCCUCGAAUGAAGACUUAAAUAGUGCCGUGACUUCUUUAAUUUGUAAAUAUAAACAAAAUUGGCCGAAUAUAACGAAACUUCGAAUUGACAUGGAUACCCUAAAGAAAUUUCCAAACUACGAUUAUUUAUCGGACAUUCAAGAAAUAUUGCUCGAAAUGGACGAGUCCAGUGCGAGCGAAAUUUUAGUGCUAUUAGGUGAAGAAUUAAUAAUCACUUGUUGCACGGGCAUCAUUGAUCGGGCUUUCCGGUGUCUGGGCACGGAAUUGCAAGAAUUCCUUGGCUCAUUGGAUGGCGUUUACGAUGUGUUAAAGUUGCAAGAAGAGGAUGAUUGCAGCGAUACGGGUUUUGUUUGCGCUGGCGAUGGUGAAUUGAUUUUUACCUCCGAUCGACCUGUCAUCGCUUGGUUACUAUUGGGUUCGCUCAAGGCACUAACACGCAUGCUUUUCAAUGUUUAUGUGAACAUUAAAAUCGAACCGGUUGAGGGGGAUAAUCGACGUUAUCGUUACUUAUUCUCGGUGGCUAAGGAGGUUCCUGCUCUUCGCUCUUUGGAAUUAAUUAAGCAGGCACCGGAUGUACCGACGCAGCGUAGUAACUCAACUAAUGCUGCUGAUUUAUCCAUGAAUUCAACAACAUUUUGCAAAGCCUUUCCCUGGCAUUUUAUUAUGAACGACCAAUUGGAUCUGGUACAGUUGGGACGCGGCUUUAGUAAAUUGUACAAGCCGUAUAUGGCUGAUUACGGUUGUCACGCUACCACUUAUUUUGAUUUUAAGCGUCCUAAGGGCUUAACCGUGAAAUUUCGCGAUAUUGUUCGCCGCACUUAUACGCCAUUUUUAAUUGCUUUAAAAAAUCCUGCCAACGUUGAGGAUUUCACAGCUAAGGGUCUUGAAAUUAAAGGCCAAAUGGUUCAUUGCCCUGAGUCGAACUCUUUACUUUUCAUCGGAUCGCCAUUUCUAGAUGGCCUCGACGGCCUAACUUGUAAUGGUCUUUUUAUCUCUGACAUCCCCUUGCACGACGCUACGCGUGAGGUUAUCCUCGUGGGGGAGCAAGCUCGUGCCCAAGACGGUUUACGUCGACGUAUGGACAAAUUGAAAAGUUCGAUUGAAGAAGCGAAUGCUGCUGUCGCUAAAGAGCGGAAGAAGAACGUUAGCUUAUUGCAUUUGAUUUUCCCGGCAGAGAUUGCCGAACGUUUAUGGUUGGGGGCUACGAUUGAUGCGAAAACGUAUCCCAAUGUCACCAUUUUAUUUAGUGACAUUGUGGGCUUUACCAGCAUUUGUUCGCGUGCCACACCUUUUAUGGUCAUUAGUAUGCUGGAGAGUUUGUAUAAGGAUUUCGACGAAUUUUGUGACAUGUUUGACGUGUAUAAAGUGGAAACUAUCGGUGACGCUUAUUGCGUGGCUAGUGGUCUACAUCGGGCCUCCAUCUAUGAUGCCCAUAAAGUCGCUUGGAUGGCUUUGAAAAUGAUCGAUGCUUGCUUAAAGCAUAUUACGCAUGACGGUGAGCAAAUUAAAAUGCGUAUUGGCUUGCACACCGGUACCGUCUUGGCCGGUGUCGUAGGUCGGAAAAUGCCGCGCUAUUGCCUCUUCGGUCACAACGUUACCAUUGCAAAUAAAUUUGAAAGCGGUAGUGAAGCGUGCAAGGUGAACGUUAGCCCGACUACCAAAGAAUGGCUUAUUAAGCAUGCAGGCUUCGAAUUCGAAUUAAAACCACGCGAUCCCUCGUGUUUGCCUAAAGAAUUCUCCAAUGUCGGCAACGAUACAUGCUAUUUUCUGGAGAGCUAUCGCCAUCCCAGUCUUGAUGACUACCUACCAUUGGAUGAUCAUAUCAAAGCUGCUAUGAAAACUAUAAUACCCGUAGCCAGUAAUUAAGCGAAGCCGUUCAUAGACAUUCUCAUUAAAUCCCACUACUAUUCGGUGGGGAUGUUAUUAAAUUACAAUAUAAAAGAGAAAACUUUACUUCAUUCAAAAAUUUUAUUCAAUAAAUAGCUUCAGAGAUUUAA